GCGAUCGACGUCGUGACGAGCGGUUCAAGAUGGCGAAAGUGUUUUUUGUCUUAGCGUGGCUCGUUAUUCUGGCUGAGGCCGCCCCGGUGGCGGAAAAAUCUCAACAGACUUUUUUGGAAGAUGCGAGCUCGGUCGUCGAUGGUCAGUAUAAACCCCGGAACUUUGAUUCUACCGCUUGAUUAUCGGAGAUGGAGCUCUUUUGUUAUCUCCAGCUCGGAGAUUACGGGGUUGCGCUCCGCGGGUGGGGCUCUUCUCGAAUCGAUGCUCCCCGCUCUGAAAUUCAAAUAUCCUCUUUCGGAGCUCGCGAUCAUUUCGUUGCACCAUCGAGGAACUUACUUCAUUCCGGUGCGAAAUUUCCAGAGGACUUGAAGACCCUUGUCGCUCCCAUAAAGAAAAAGGUUGACAUAUCGAUUACGAAAGACAUCGUCAAGAAGCCCUUGGUGGCGCCUCCGUUGCCCGCGGUUGUACCCCCUUUGCCCGCAGUUGUACCCCCGUUGCCCGCGGUUGUACCUGCGACCCCUGCGCCGCCUCAUGCCCACGGACACCAUCAUCAUGCAGCCCCAGCUCCCGCCAAAUUGGUUCUAGAUGACAGCCCAGUUCUGAUCGGCAAUGAAACGGUGACUGGACUCCUGCAGCAACUUCUCCUCGGCAACAUCAAGAACGUGCAAGCCCACGGGCUACCGCUGAAGGUGCCCCCCGCCGGCAAACCGGUAGCUGUCAUCUUCUCUUCUGCAAUGCACGUCGUUGAUCUGGGGACCCUGCAAGCCGCCGUGAAGACCCACCUCGUGACCGCAGCCGCUGCGCACAAGCAUCCGCUUCACAAGCACCCCGCGCAUCCGCCAAUCAACCACACGUCGAUCUUGGAGAGCAUCCUGCAACCUCUAAUCUCACUCGCUCACAAGAAAGGACACAGUGUUGCAACUGUUCCGGUUGCGGGUCAGAUACAGCCCUACAUCGUGAUGCUACCCGUCGCAAAACCCGGCCUCCCGCCUCCCGCGGACCCCGCUGCUCAACUCGAGGGACUCAUUCAGGGCCUGUUGAAAGCAAAAAAGCAAAUUCUCGCGCAUCAACAUGCUCAUCACGCUCUCGCAGCUACGACCGCUCCACCUCCGAAAGUUGUUUUGGAUGCGGUCGCAGCUCCUCCGCCGGUUCCUGUCGUGCCGGUCCAGAAAGUCAAGAAAAUUCACAUCAGCCUGACAAAGAAUGUCGGUUGAGGAAAUCUUCAUUGUCAAGCGUUUUAAUUCCUAAGGACCUAAGAUUGUUAAUAAAUUGUAAUGGUGCGACGAUUCGAUGAACGGUGAUCGAAAGAAAACUGAAUAAACUUUCAGUUGAGAUUUCUCA